AUGUUCCUUCUUAAUCAGAAAAACAGGUCCACCAGUGUCCUGAUCGCUUUGGUUUUGGCGGCUGGCUCCGCUGCCCUUAGUUUUCAGGCGACACAAACAGAUGCUCCCACUGUUCUUCCCACUCCUAUUACUACUUUUGUCACUACUCUGGUUCCUCGUACUCAGUUUAUUACAAUCGACCCCAUCACCCUUCCGGACGAGACAGUUGCAGCUAAAACCAUCACACUCGAUAUCCCCGAGUGCAGCCCAACAAUCGCGCCAGAUUCAAAUGGAUAUGUUCCUCCAGGCAACUGCAAUGCCCAAUAUAACUAUUACCCGUCUUUUGCUGCUGCGCUCGUUGCCACCAUCUUUUUUGGCGUCGUUACAUUUGUUCACAUCGCCGAGGGUAUCAAGUAUAAGAAGGGGUUCUAUUGGGUCAUCAUCAUGGGGUCAAUUUGGGAGUUUGGUUCUUACGCUACGAGGACAAUAAGUACGCGGUACCAACAGAAUUCAGGUCUAGCACUUAUUUCUCAAAUUCUCAUUCUCCUCGCGCCGAUAUUUAUCAACGCAUACGCCUACACCAUUCUUGGGCGAAUGGCGCACUUCUACCUUCCUUCAUUCUCCAUCCUUGGCGUUAGGCUCUACAACCUGACACUGUGGUUCGUCUUUGCCGAUAUCGCUUGCUUUGUAGUUCAGCUUAUUGGAGGUGCCCAAGCAACGAAUAAUUCCCCACGAGACCAAGCUCUGAGAGGAAUUCGCAUCUACAUGGCGGGCAUUUCCCUUCAAGAGUCCUUCAUUAUAGUGUUUGUUGGCUUUGCGGCGGCCUUCCACAUUCGGCUAUUAAAGGCAGAGAAAACUGGUCAGUUUGAGACGACGGGGAAGAAAGACUGGAGGAGGCUUCUUUAUACAAUCUAUAUGAGCUUGCUGCUUAUCACUAUCCGAAUCAUCUUCCGUCUCAUUGAAUUCGCUGGCGGCAACGACGACUCCAACCCGCUCCCUCGACGUGAAAUAUAUUUCUACUUGUUCGAUGCGAUUCCAAUGUUCCUCGCCAUCUUAAUCAUGGCAAUCACGCCCCCGAGCCUCACGCUGGUGGGACCAGAUUCCGUUAUCCCGAAGGCUAUGUGGAGGCAAAGAUGGGCGAUGAGGAAACAAGAGAAAGUAAGAGCGUUAAAAUCCAGUGGAGACCGGAGUGGCUUUGAGUUACUACGAUCUAGCUAG